UAUAUAGAAUAAGUCAAAGAAAUGUUUAUCUGACAUCUAUGUUUGAUUUUUAUCAGGUUGCAAGAUUGGAGUAUAAUAAGAAGGUUAUCAGCAGGCUUAUUGGUUCACCAAAUAGAGGAUGUAUGCUAUUGGCAGCUACCAUUGUAUUUCUUGCUUUAGUAAGAAGUAGACGAUUUCAGCUAGCCAUUGGUACUCAGUACAAAUGGGAACUUCUAGAAUCCAACUUGAUCUGGUUGAUAGGUGGAGGAUUAUUAGCUAUUGGGAUUAUUCUUGUCAUAUCGAGUUUCUUUGCCUUAGGAUUUUAUGGAACAUAUCUAGGUGAUUAUUUCGGUAUUUUGAUGGAAGAGAAAGUAACUUCCUUUCCAUUUAACAUUGUCAGUGAUCCUAUGUAUGUUGGUUCUGUACUGGAACAUCUUGGCAUUGCGCUUCAGUCUGCAAGUCCAACAGGUUUAUUAUUAACAACUAUCCUGGCAAUCAUGUACAUCAUAGCAAUGCAAUUUGAAGGGCCUUUUACAACUGAAAUAUAUGCACAGAAAGCACUGGAGGAAAGCAAGAAAAACAAAUAAUAUAUUAUAUUGUUUUCAUUUCAUAUAUAAAGAAAAUAUCCCCUAUUCAAUUUUAAGAAUUUUAACAUGUGAGCAUUAGCAAAAUUAAAAUAGCUGAAAACUUGCUUGUGUAAGAGUAUGCUGAGUUUCAGCAGAUAUCUGUCAUAAUAUCAAAAUAUUUGUUCUUGAUAUGUUGAUCUAAUUCAUAAUCUCUCUGUCAUGUUUAAAUUUGCUUUCUGUUUUACAAAUAUGUUUUUGUAGGAUUUUGUGUUAUUUUUUAUAUCCACUAAUGCUAUCAGAUCAUUCAAAAGGAGAAGAGGAAAGAAAUAAACAGCAACAGUACUUAGAUGUGACAAUAUAAUGAAUUUAUUAAUGAUUGUACAUUUAAAAAUUCCAUCAUGCAUGAAUGAUUUUUGAUUAGUUUGUACACAACCUUUUGUACAAAAUCAAACCAAGUAUAAUUAUGAAAACAAGUCAAUUCUAGUAAAUUAAUAGCUCGGAGUGUUUUACUAUGAUUUAAAAGAUAUAGUUCCCAAGUAACUUAAAAUAUGUUGAUUGUAAUUGUACUGUUGGCUGCAUAACCUAUGUUUAUUGCUACAUGUGACAAGGUUUGAUCUACUAGUAUAAGUUUUGCUUCAUGAUAGUAAAUGUCAAGUUGUAACAUACAUGAAAACAGUUGUAAUUUCUUGAUUGGUUUUGUGUUGGAUCUUGUGCUGUAUAACGUUGAUGCUACCAUUAAUAUCAAAUGUAGAAAACUUUUUUUUUUGCCUUGUAAAACAGUAAAUAUGAAGAAUAUGUGAACUUACAAUUCUUCUUUGUGGAUUUAAUCCAUUUUCAAUCAUGAUAUGUGUAAGGAUAAGGAUGUCUUCCUAAGAAGCAUGAUUACAGCUCAAUUAAAGGUUCAUUAGUAUGACUUAUAGAUUUUGAUUUGGUAAUGUUAUGAAAAAUAAUAAUUUAGCUUUUAAAUUGCUUAUUACCAUUCAAGGAAUGCCAAGUAUAAAUUUACUACACAAGGGUUGAAUGCAGCAUAUAGAUUAUUUUAAUACUAACAGAAAUCUAUACUCUUGAUUUAGUUAAUAAUAUGCCCAAAAAGCUAUCAAUUAAGAUUGUAUCCUGAGUUGGUCAACUCAUUCCAUGCUUUAGAAAUGGAAAAAGGAAAAGAAAAACAAAAAUAAUCAUAAUAGAUUUGUUUUAAUUUGAUAUUAUAGAUUACAUCUUUUACAAAACAGGAUUUGAUAUGAUAUAUAAUUUAUUUGACAGUGAAUUCACACUUUAAAAUUUUUUUUUUUUAGAUACAUGUUUUUCAUUUAUUCUUUUACAAAGUUUGCAUUUUCUACACAGACUAAAUUUUAUAUAUGCUGUACAUUUACCCUGAAAAAAUAUGUUAUUAUUAUUCAGAGUUUGAAAAUGUUGGUAACAAACUUGUGAUUGAAAUGUACUUAUAUUUUAAAUCAACUUUGAUCUGUUUUGAAAACCUUGGAAAUGUCUGGUUUUACUAGAAAAUGAAAUUCAUUGGAAUAACAUGAUAAAGUGUACAACAAGGGCAAUUUUAGUGAAUGAACAAGUUAGGAAGAAAACCACUGUCUGAUAUUUUGUAUGGAAUUUACAUUGAGAAAGCAUUUUUUAUGAUUAAAAUAUGUUAAUCAUCAUAUUUGUAAUAUUUUUUAUUAAAACAAUAUGAAGAAUUUUA